AGCGAUUCCCGGAGCAAAAGCCUCUUCUCUGGCAAUAUAUCCAAUCCACCAGUCCCUCCUUCUUCUCUCCACUCCUUUCCCAGUCCACGUCUAUCUCCAGAUCGUCUGCUGAGACUCCCUCGCCCUUGCGUUCACAUUCCUCCGUCCAGAUCAAAGAGCUACCCCUCCUCUUGUCGUCAUGGCCGAUCAAGCUGUUGCGGACUUUGGCCUCAUCGGUCUGGCCGUCAUGGGCCAGAACCUGAUCCUGAACGUUGCCGAUCACGGUUUCACCGUCUGCGCCUACAACCGUACCACCUCCAAGGUCGACCGUUUCCUUGCCAAUGAAGCCAAGGGCAAGUCGAUCGUCGGUGCUCACUCCAUUGAGGAGUUCUGCGCCAAGCUGAAGAGACCCCGUCGUGUCAUGCUGCUGGUCAUGGCCGGCAAGCCCGUUGACGACUUCAUCGAGUCGCUGCUGCCUCACCUCGAGGAGGGCGACAUCAUCAUCGACGGUGGUAACUCCCACUUCCCCGACAGCAACCGCCGCACGGAUUACCUCGCCAAGAAGGGCAUCCGUUUCGUCGGCAGUGGUGUCUCCGGUGGUGAGGAGGGUGCCCGCUACGGCCCCUCGCUCAUGCCUGGUGGCCACGAGGAGGCCUGGCCUUACAUCAAGGAUAUCUUCCAGAGCAUCGCCGCCAAGAGCGACGGUGAGGCCUGCUGCGACUGGGUCGGUGAUGCCGGUUCCGGUCAUUACAUCAAGAUGGUCCACAACGGUAUUGAGUACGGUGACAUGCAGCUGAUCUGCGAGGCGUACGACCUUCUUAAGCGUGGGCUGGGCCUGUCUGUCAAGGAGAUCGCCGACGUGUUCGCCAAGUGGAACACCGGUGUUCUGGACUCCUUCCUGAUCGAGAUCACCCGCGACGUUCUCUACUACACUGACGACGACAACACCCCUCUCGUCGAGAAGAUCCUCGACAAGGCUGGCCAGAAGGGUACCGGCAAGUGGACCGCCAUCAACGCCCUCGACCUCGGCAUGCCCGUCACCCUCAUCGGCGAGGCUGUCUUCGCUCGUUGCCUGAGUGCCAUCAAGGACGAGCGUGUCCGCGCCAGCAAGAUCCUGGGCGGCCCUACCCCUGAAUACACCGGUGACAAGCAGGCUUUCAUCGACGACCUUGAGCAGGCCCUCUACGCCUCUAAGAUCAUCUCUUAUGCCCAGGGCUUUAUGCUCAUCCAGAACGCUGCCAAGGAGUACGGCUGGAAGCUCAACAAGCCCUCCAUUGCCCUGAUGUGGCGUGGUGGCUGCAUCAUCCGUUCCGUCUUCCUCAAGGACAUCACCAACGCGUACCGCAACAACCCCGACCUCGAGAACUUGCUGUUCGAUGACUUCUUCAACCAGGCCAUCCACAAGGCCCAGGGCGGCUGGAGAAACGUGGUCAGCAAGUCUGCCCUGUGGGGUAUCCCUCUCCCCGCCUUCAGCACUGCGCUCAGCUUCUACGACGGAUACCGCACCAAGGACCUCCCUGCCAACCUGCUGCAGGCCCAGCGUGACUACUUCGGUGCCCACACCUUCCGCAUCAAGCCCGAGUUUGCCAGCGAGAAGUACCCUAUUGACACGGACAUCCAUGUCAACUGGACCGGCCGUGGUGGUGACGUCUCUGCCUCGACCUACAUUGUUUAAGAGGCUGAUGACGGGAGAGUGUUUGUGUUUGCGCUGGACGUGUGACUGACUGGUUUUCCGUAAGGGAGUACUCGUAUGACAAGAGUACUCCGCGGAGAUAGAAUGCUGAUGGUAAAAAAAACCCCCCU